CGCUCCCUUCCGCACUCUCGCGUCGCAUCUCCUCCUCUCCCUCUCUCGAACCCUGACCCCGCGCUGGCACGGUCCCUGCCACGCCGCCGCUGCCGCCGCCUCCGCUCGCCGUCGCGUCCGCUCCUCCUCCACGCCCCCUUGGUGCGCCGCCGCCGCCUCCUCCGCUCGCCGUCGCGUUCUCUCCUCCUCCACGCCACCUCCCACCCCUCUCCAGCCAGCCUACUCCCUCCUCCCUUCCCUCCCCACUCCUCCCCAUGUCCCUCAUUGCUGCACCACGCCCUCCCCCACCUUCAAAGGCAGCCUGGACCUGAUCUGGAGGAAGAAGAAGAGGAGAACAAGAAAGCUUCCCCAACUUCCCCCUUCACCAAAUAUUUGUGAUUUGAUCAUAAAGGGAUCUAUUUAGGGUUUGCUUGCUGGUCCAUCUUGGUCGGGGUCUGUUUCUGCUCUUGGCUGCUGGGCUGGUAUGUCGUGCCAUUGCUGGUGCUCGAGGUUGCUUCACUCGUCUCUUUGAAGCAUUCCGAUAUGACGUUGUCUGGUCAUUGACAUGGCACGUGCCCCGGUUGCGGCUCGUGGUCAAGGCGCGUUUGAAGCUGUCGCUGGGUUGGUAGGUGGUCGUGGGCGUGGCCGUGGGCGGGCUGCUGCUGGUCGUGGACGUGCCAGCGGCCGUGGAGGUUCUAAUACUGGGUGUGUCCCUGUUUCUGAUUGUGUUGUUGGCCGUGUGGAUGCUACUCGUCGGGUGCCUGUCGCUGGAGCCCAGCCUGUCGCCAGGCGUCGGGGUCCUGCUCGGCGGGUGCCUGCCGCUGGGGCCCAGCAUGUUGCCGGGCGCCGGGGUGCUGCCUGGACGGUGCCUGACGUUGGGGUCCAGCCUGUCGCCGGUCAUGGGGGUGCUGCUCGGCGGGUGCCUGCCACUGUAGACCAGCCUGUCGCCGGGCGUGGGUGUGCUGCUCGGUGGGUGCCUGCCGCUGUAGACCAGCCUGUUGCCGGGCGUGGGGGUGUUGCUCGGCUGGUGACUGGCACCGGCCAUGCUGUUGGACUUGGGGCUGCUGUCCCUGCUCGGCGGGUGCCUGGCGCUGGGAUUGCUAGGCAUUACGUGCCGCGUCAGCCUAUUGGGUUUCCUCCUCGCAGGCGUACAUGUGAUGGUUGGUUUCCUUAUCUGAGCUCGGCCGUGGCGGCUGCAAAUCGCAGAAAACGGAAAGGGUGCGUUGAGUUUUGGCGUGCUCACUAUGAAGAACGUGUCGCCGACGGCACCUUGCCGAAGGAUUGGCAUGGUUUCUCGGUUUAUGUGAGCUCGGAGGUUACCGGGGUGGAUCGCAACAAACGGAAAAAGCGUAAAGUGUCGAUUAGACUGCAUCGUCCUGAACACGAAGAUGUUGUCAAAGGGCCUUUGCCGAAGGAUUGGCAAGGUUUCUCGGUUGGAUUUGCUGAGUCUCUUAAAGGGUCUAUCACAUGAAGCUUGCCGAGUACUUGGAUGAGAUCAAGUCAGGCCGGGCUUUUGGCCCCAUUAAAGCUGUCCUAUAUACCGUUGAGUUCCAGAAGCGUGGGCUGCCACACGCGCAUAUACUUGUCUGGCGGAUAGGGGGCAACGAUGGCGAUGGCUGGUCUGCAGUCUCUUGUUGUCGGGGACAGGAACUUGACCAUCCGUGUGUAUGUUUCGCGUUUGUGGCAGCACUGUGGAGACGCUGAUGACGGUCCUAUCAAACACACUGACAUGGUCCUUUUGGAUGCCCAGGGCAACCACAUCUAUGCUGAGAUUGGUGAGAAGCUUGUGCCUAAGUUUAUGGGCAAACUGAAGGCGGGAUGUGCAUAUGACAUUUCACAGUUCUUGGUGUUCCUGAACAAACCUUGUUUCAAGCCUGUCUAUGCGAUACACAUGAUCAGGUUCAAUAGGUUCAGUACGGCCGAUCCUAAUACUGAUCCAGAAGCUCAGUUUCCCUUCUGCACCUACUCACUCACUAAAUUGUCAUGCCUCCCCGCACCUCUCGAGACACCUGAAUUCUUCACAGAUGUGCUCGGCGUUAUCACUGGUGUAUCCGAUGUUGUUCAGUAUCAUAGCUCGAGCAGGAGCGAGCCUUCCACAAAGCGUUGUAUCAGUAUCAUGGACCUAAGAUAACUGUUGUGCUCUGCGGCGAACGUGCUACAACCUUUCAGGGAGACUACAUUAUCGAGCUGGGCUCGACUGAACCAGUGGUUGCACUAUUUGUUGGAACUCUGGUGAAGGCCUAUGAAGGUCGAAGGGGUGUGAGCAGAAGUGCAGCGUGUCGGUGGUACAUAAAUGAUGACACUUCUGAGAUGAUAGACUUCCAUAAGAGGCUCCAGGGCAAGUUCUCUCCUGUAGAAAAGAUUGUCCUCCAGGGACAGACAACAGCUAUGCAUUUGCCUUGACCGUAUUGAUCUACUGCCGCAUGUAUUUUUUUUCUAUGAACUUACCACCCCUGAAGGAAAGAAGAGUAAUUCCUCCCCGACCUCAGUCAACAAAAGUGUCGGUAUAAAGAGAGGGCCAGCAAGUGGUCUACCUAAGUCUGUGUUGUGUAAACCCUUGUUUUCCGAUGGCCGUGCUCAGGGGCUCGAAAAACUGGAUGACGCUCUGCUGAUCUCGGUGGUGAGCUUGCUGCUACGUUGAGCAAAUCAACUGAAAGCCUGGCGGCGGAUGAAGACGAGACGUCCGCGACUAAAAGGGCCAAGCUGUAGUCCAAACGGCCCUAGGCGGAUUAUUAUUUUGGUGUGUCAGCUAGGACCACGGUGUGUUGGUUAGAUGUGCUCUCGCAUUGAUGGUCUAGCGAAUGGACGUCUCGACGUGUGUUAGAUGGUGAAGCUUCUUCCUAGGUCCAUCGUCCCUUUUGUCGUGCCGUAUUGCUUGCGAUGCGAUGUUCCGUUACACCGACCCCAGAAAACUUUAAUGUGGUGCUUGUGAAAGACCAGCCGCUGUUGGUACUAUGAUCAGCAUUGGCCUUCUAUUUUGUGUGGUGUUUGUUUAGCUCUUGGUUGCUAACGAUGUAUGGUAAGUGCCAUGAGAUGGUGCUUCUGAUGGAUUAACUACUCCGUGGUUGAUGUAAGUUAUGAACCAGUUAAGCUGUGGCUCUAAUGUUGGUUUUCUAAUC